CAGCAAAUAUGCCUUACAGCUUGUGCUCUUUCUGACGACGAAAAUUUAAGUGAAUUGGAUGAAGAAGAUGAAGAUGAAUUUUUUCGUCGUCAACGUUUUCCUUACAGCUCUGGAAGUUCUCCAGUUUCGUCUUUCCGUAUGGCUGUUCGCCAAUCGAGGGCUCCCUCUGCCUGUGGAAAAUUUAAUGAAUCUUUGUUGAGAGGGAUUGAUGAUCAAGAUAAAAUAAAAUCUAGUUUGUGUGUCUGUAAUUCUAUUAGACAAAAUUUGGAGUUGAAAGAAGAAAAAGAAGAGGAGGAGGUUGAAAUUGAAGGGAAUGGGAAGGAUUUCCCGACGAGUGAUAAACCAGUAACUGAUUUGUAUAAAAUAUCACAUGAGAUUAUUGGAAUUGGUGAAAGCGGGAAAGUAAUGGCUUGUUACCACAAGAAAAGCGGCGAAAAAUUUGCUUUAAAAGUUUUGAGAGAUUCAGCUCGAAGUCAAAGAGAAAUUUCCCUUCAUUGGUUAGCUUCUCGUCAUCAAAAUAUUGUCUCAAUUGCUGAUAUUUUUAAAAACACUUUUGAUGGAUUAAAUUGUUUGUUGGUUGUUGUUGAAUUUAUGCAGGGAGGGGAUUUGUUGACAAUUUUCGAAGAAAGUGGAAGAAGUCCUUAUCCUGAACAAUGUGUUGCACGUAUCAUUCGUCAAAUUGGCUCGGCUGUUCAAUUUCUUCAUGAAAGAAAUAUUGCACACAGAGACAUUAAACUUGAAAAUAUUCUUUGUUCUACAAGUAAUGUAAAUACAUGUAUAUUUAAAUUGGCUGAUUUUGGAUUUGCAAAACUCUCAGAAGCUGAUAGACCUAUGAAUUCUCCUUGUUGUACACCUGCAUAUGUUUGUCCUGAGAUUUUGAGCUACAAAGAAUAUGAUAAAAGUUGUGAUAUUUGGGCGUUGGGUGUUGCUACUUACAUUCUUCUUUGUGGAUAUCCUCCUUUUUAUUCAAUGCAAGGACUUCCUUUUUCUCCAGGAAUGCGUUCUAGAAUAACUUCGGGAGUAUUUACCUUCCCUGCUGAGGAUUGGGAUGGAAUAUCUGCUUCAACGAAACAUAUGAUUGGAGUAAUGUUGCGGACAGACCCUUCUGAACGUAUUAACAUUCAACAAGUAAUUUUUAUUUUUUUAUUAUUUUUAUAA